CUGUGUUGCGAAUUACCCGCGUUUCUACGUGCCGCGACCCUUACCUCCCCGGUUCCCCCGCACGUCAAAAUAAGUAAUUGGUUCAACGAAAGUAAACUUUAACAAACUUUGAGCUUAGAGGGAAGUGAUGUGCAGAGAAAAUCCAGAGUAAAACAUUAUGGUCAGCACAGCGAUCUGCAAGUCUACACUAUGGAUAUCUCUUUUACAUGGCUGCCUUUUCCUCAUUGCUGGUACCGGUACAGAAGCUCCUACGCAUAAUCCAACAUUGGAAAUGUCCUCCCAAAAAUUCAGAUCAGAAUUGCUUCAAGAAUGGCAUGCUUCACCAGAUGCCCCAUAUUUUGAUGCCAGUACUCCAAGAAAUAUUACUGGGUUAGUUGGUCAUCCAGUAAGAUUGCUCUGCAGGGUUAAAAAUCUUCAAAACAGGACUGUAUCUUGGGUACGUCAUAGGGACAUCCAUCUGUUGACUGUCGGACGGUACACCUAUACAUCGGAUCAAAGAUUCGAAGCACAACAUAAACCGAGGUCUGAAGAAUGGGCUUUGAGAAUAAGGAGUCCUCAGCGGCGAGAUUCUGGUCAAUAUGAGUGUCAGAUAUCUACAACACCUCCAAUAGGUCAUGCUGUUUUCUUAAAUAUUGUCGAACCUGAAACGAAGAUAUCGAGUGGUUCAGAAUUAUUUAUACAAGCCGGUUCUACCAUCAAUCUUACUUGUACGGUCAAACAUACCCCCGAACCACCUACAUCUAUCACAUGGACACAUAGAGAUCAGAUUAUCAAUUUUGAUUCAGCUAGAGGAGGCAUUUCUCUUGUAACAGAGAAAGGCCUCAAAAGUACAAGUCGUCUUUUAAUACAGCGAGCCAGGGGAUCAGAUGCAGGGCUGUAUACCUGUGGUCCUAAUAACGCGCCCUUGGCUGCCAUUAGAGUACACGUGCUGUCUGGUGAACAUCCAGCAGCAAUGCAGCAGGGCUGUUCCAAAUCAAAUUUAGACAUUUCCGUUUCUUUGUGUUUAUUAUUUACAUAUAUUUGCUUUUUGGACUUUUUCCAUUACGGUACAUGAGAUUAAUAUAAAUUGUAGGUUCUUAAUCUCAGUAAGGAUUUAUAUCAAUUGCAUGCAACAGUCAAUUAAAGUUGUUGAAAAUCCGUGUGAAUAAUUUUUACUUGUAAAUACGAUAUUUAGAAAAAUCUUAAUUAAAUACUCACACAAAUGAUUCAAUGUUAUUGAAUAACUUGUGACCAUGGAACCGUAAGGACAUUUUUUGUCCAAAUUAAUCUUAAUCAUUCACAUUUAGAAGUACUGUAUUAUUUUAAUAGA